GCCAGUGUCAAAGGUAGAGCCUAGAGGGAAUCACAGGAAAAACAAUGCAAAUGUAAUAAGGCUGGCCCUGAACGCAUAGGAAGCACAGCAGUCUGAGACCCUGCUCCAGCCUCUCCGCUGCAGCCAGAGCAGAGCAGAGCCAGCACAGCUUGGGGGGAGCCCCUUCUCUCUCACCUCAGCCCACAGGCUCCACCACAGCAGGCUAAGCAUUAUGAUGGAGGUCUUCCUGGUCCUGUCCUGCCUGCUGCUCGUCAGCUCGGUCAGCUCCCAGGACCUGCCGUACGAGGACAUGCUGCAGCAGCUCCAGGCCUGCCCCAAGGAGUGCCGCUGCCCCCCCAGCUUCCCCCACGCCGUGUACUGCGACAGCAAGGGCCUGAAGGCCAUCCCCCCCGUCCCGCCCCACACCUGGUACCUCUACAUGCAGAACAACCUGAUCGAGGUGCUCUCCGAGCAGGCCCUGCGCAACGCCACCCAGCUCCGCUGGGUCAACCUCAACCGCAACAAGAUCACCAGCGAGGGCGUGGACGAAGGGGCCAUGAAGGCCAUGUCCAGCCUGCUCCACCUCUAUAUGGAGGACAACCUGCUGACGGACAUACCCUCCCCCCUCCCGUCCUCCCUGGAGCAGCUCCGCCUCUCCAGGAACAAGAUCUCCAAAAUCCCCCCGGGGGCUUUCUCCGGGAUGGACCACCUGUCCCUGCUGGACCUGCAGGGGAACAAGCUGGAGGACGACUCGGUGACGGAGCAGAGCCUGAAGGGCCUGAGCGGGCUGGUCCAGCUCAACCUGGCCAAGAACAACCUGAAGAGCAUGCCGGGCGGCCUGCCCGUCUCCACCAUCCAGCUCUUCCUGGACAACAACGCCAUCGAGAAAAUCCCGGCCGAGUACUUCAAGGGCCUUCCCAAGGUAGCCUUCCUCCGGCUCAACUACAACAAGCUGGAAGAUGGGGGCCUCCCCAAGGACGUCUUCAACAGUUCAAACAUCCUGGACCUGCAGCUGUCCCACAACCAGCUGACAGAGGUGCCCCGGUUUCCCUUAAGUCUGGAGCACCUCCACCUGAACCACAACAAGAUCAAAAGCGUCAAUGGAUCUGAAAUCUGCCCAGUGCCUCUCAGUGAGUUUUACGACUAUUUCGAUGAAAAGGGGCCUCGACUACAAUACCUUCGUCUUGACGGCAACGAGAUCAAACCCCCAAUCCCAAGGGAACUGAUGCUCUGCUUCCAUCUGCUUAGAUCCAUCGUCAUAUAACAGCAUCUCACCUCUGCCGCCACAUCCUCACAUUUCGCCAUUUGUCAAGGGACAGAUCGAAAUUAACGCAUCCGUCUCAGAGCGGAGGCAUGGAAAUAAUAGAGAAAAUAACAGACUAUGACUGUGAAGAUGCUGAAUGCACCGGUCAGUAGCUCAUAGUAACUUGAGUUUCAUUAGCAUUAUGUAGAUACACACAAGACUGUAGUACUGAAUUUGUUGACCACCUAUUGUGCCUGCUUAUUAAUCCCAGGGUACUUCAUAUCAUUUGAAUGUUUUUAGUGAUCUUACACAAUGUCUGUACAGUAUGUUCAUGAUCUCUGCAAGAUGAAGUUGCGUCACUUCAAAUAAAUUACUUAUUGAGUCUAAAGGCAAGAAAAUUGCUUUAAAAAGCAAUUCUUUGUAAUGUAUUAUUAGCAUAAGGUUUAUUUCCUGUAUUCUGUUCACAUGGCUGGAUUUUUAAACUUUAAUGUAAUCAGAAAUAUAUAUCAGAAACACAUCCUUUUCUCUUCUGCAUAGAAAGUUAGUUUUCCUGUUUCUCUGUUUGUGGUACUCUUGUUUUUCUGAUUCUACUGAAGACCUUUAAAGCUAAACUGGACUUAGCUGAUGUACUGUAUCCUCUGGUUCAAGCUCGGAAGCUAUUAACCAUGUGAAGUUUGUUAAUAUUUAAAGCAUCUUCUCUGCUCCAAAGUAGUCCGUUCAACAGUUCAUUAAAAAACCCCUGUGUAGCAAAUAAACUGGAACACUUUUCUAUGUUUUGAUUGGCAGACUACAGCUGCUUAUAUGAGGCUGAGGGUACCCAGUUUAUUGAUCACACUACCGUAACAUUGCAGUUUUAGCAAACAUUAUGGAACGGUUAUGAUGUCACUUUGUAUUGUGGAUGGUAACGACAUGGCAAAGAGGUGAGCAUUGCCAGCUUUCUGCUUGCAUAACAAUGCAUCUGCAUUCUCAUACAGAAUACAACAAGAAUUGCUGUUUAUUAUUGCUGUUGUUUAUGCAUUUUCAUAGUUUAUGUCCUAGGUGUAAGCCAAAAUGUUUUUGACUUGCUCAGCUAUUUUUUUCCCUUUUGUAUGAACAUAUGUGAAUGUUUGCUUCUAAUGACACAGUGCAACAAUAAAGAAUUGUAAUAUUU